AUGAAAAUUCAAAGAAGAAGUUUAGCAAAGGAAAUCAAAGCCUAACGUCCUUUAUUCUUUAAGUAUCAAUUAUUAUUUAUAAAGUUAAUCAGGUGUUUCUCCCAUAUGCACCAAAUUAUAUUCGUAAUAAUUGAAGGAUUUAAAAAAUGUUGAAUCCUAUGUUAAACUUAGAUCAAUUAAAUGUGAUAAGAGUAUAUCAUUGCUAAAUUGUUCUAAAUAAAUAUGUAGAAUAGAUGAAUCAAUGCCUUAAGUUAAAUGUAAUACUCAAACAAGAAUUAAUAAUCCUAACGAAGUUAGACUUUUUAUUCUAUUUUUAGUCUCGAAUACUAACUAGAUAAGUGAUAAAAGAUUGUUAAGAAAAAAGAAAAGAAAAAUAUUAAAGUUUAGAUGAAUCAUUCAAAAAUUUAUAUCUAUUUUAAGAUAAGUAUUCUGAAAAAUACUAAAAUUAUCUCAACAAACACAUUGAAGAUUCCAUAUAAUUAAAAGAAUCAAUUUCAUUUAAUUUAGAUAGACUAUCAAAAUAAUAACUAUAUUUGAAGUUAAAAGAUCUGUAUUUUAUAUAUUAUAAAUCCUUAGAAAUAAAAAUUUAAAUGUCAAUUCAAAAUAAGAAUAUUGUGAUCCAUAAAAAUUUAAUUUAAUGGAAGUACUUAAUCAUAAUAAAAAUCUAGAUAACAUUACGUAGUACUGUAGAACCAAGUAUAACAGAUAUCUCUCCCUUAACUAUUUGUGAUGAUACAGAUAAUAAUAAGAUGAAAGAUAAACUAAAAUUGUUGGUUUCCCCUUAAAAUUUUGAAUAAAAUCAUAGAAAAAGACAAUUAACACUUCCUUACUUUUCAAAAAAUCAACUUAAUUUACGAUUAAAUUAAAUUAAUGAUGGAAAUUCUGAUAGUCAAAAUCUUACAUCAACUCAAACAAGCAAUAUUAAUUCGUUAAUGAGAAAUAAAUCUUAUCUCUAUAGUAGAGAAAUAAAAAGAAUUCACAUUCAAACUGAAUGCUGA